GGAGUCCAGCCUCUUGGCCUGCAACUUCAUUCCAGGGAACUUUAAAUGGGCAUGGGAGUUGUUUGUGCCUCCGGCGGUCCGGGCCCUGGCACACAGAAGCUUCCCAGGCUGGGCAGAGCCAAGCUGAACUGAGCUGAGUGGUCCGAGGUGUGCUGGUGCCCAAGGGAGGAACGGGGGCCCCUCUGGGUUAAGCUGGUGGCACGCUGAGCCGGGGCUGGGAAAGAGAGGAAGGGAGAAAGAGGCGGUUGGCGUUUUCCCUGGGAGUGCAACAGGCAAGAGCCAGACAAGAGGGGUGUGUGUGUGUGUGCGGGUGUGGGUGUGUUUGUGUGUGCCCCUUGUUUGUCCCUCUGUGCAUGCCAGGGAAGGAGGAGAAGAAGGCCGGUUGUGUGUUUCUGGAGAGCAGAAAACGCUUUGGGGGGGAGUGUGAGUGUGUCAAAGUGAAGGCCAGGAAGAGAAGGCAGGAGGGACAGUGUGAAAAAGCAGGGGAGGAGCGUGUUUGUUUGUGUGUGUGUUUAAGGAAAGAGCAGGUACACACUCCGCGAAGGGUGCUAGAGGGGAAGGGAGAGUUGAUGUGAGGACGUGUGUGUGUGAAAGAAGGAGUAGGGACUUUUGUCCAGAGGAGAAAAGUUAGGACCGGUGUGCCAGGGUAAGACAGAAAGAGGGCAGAACUGAGGUUGGCAGGCUCUCUCUCUCUGUGUGUAUGUGUGCACGUCUGUGCAAGGAAGAGGGUAGGAGGGACGGCAGAAAUCAAAAGGCUCCCAGGUUUGUCAGUCGCCCCCAGCACCACUAGACUGGGCCUCUCUUGAAAUAACCUUUUGACGUGCAGAGGGGCUCCUGUGCGUGUCUUUUGGAGUUACACAGGUCUCUGGCAACGAGUAACUCCUCUCCAUCCUUCACGCCCACUCUGGAGCAAUCGGUGGAUUUACCGAAGCAGGGGUGACCUCCCAAGAAGGAGAUGAGGCUGGCUCUCAUGGAGCAAGAGAGGACUCACCCGCCCGCAUAGGGGAUCCAGGCCGCGACAGCCACAGCCAGCCUCCAUUGGAUGCAGCUGGAGGCCAAGGGGCCGCCGGGGAAACCCCUGGCCCCUGCCUGGCCCCCGCCAUGGCUGCCGAGGUGCGCCUGAAGAAGAUGGAGGAGCUGGUGCUAGACCGGAGCGUCAUCGGCCUGGAGACCUUGGUAGACCUUCUGCUCUGCGUUCAUCAUGAGCUCAGUACCUCACCUCUGGCUCAGGAGAAGUACAUCAGAGAAUUUCUACAGUGGGCGGAGCCGGUGACGUCCAGACUGAAAGAGCUCCGGAUGCAGCGAGAUGAUUUUGAGAUCCUCAAAGUGAUUGGACGAGGGGCCUUCAGCGAGGUGGCGGUUGUGAAGCAGAAGAGGACGUCCCAGGUGUACGCCAUGAAAAUAAUGAAUAAAUGGGACAUGUUGAAGCGAGGAGAGGUUUCCUGUUUCCGAGAGGAGCGGGACGUUUUGGUCAACGGGGAUCAGCGCUGGAUCACGCAGCUGCAUUUUGCUUUUCAAGACGAGAAUUAUCUGUAUCUGGUUAUGGACUACUAUGUCGGGGGUGAUCUCUUGACACUGCUGAGCAAAUUCGGGGACCGCAUCCCUAUGGAGAUGGCUCGGUUCUACCUGGCCGAAAUGGUGAUGGCCAUUGGCUCCAUUCAUCGCCUGGGUUACGUGCACAGAGAUAUCAAACCAGACAACAUCCUACUUGACCGAUGCGGGCACAUCCGACUCGGAGAUUUUGGCUCUUGUCUCAAACUCCGCGAAGAUGGGACGGUCUGCUCCACCGUGGCCGUGGGCACCCCGGAUUACCUCUCCCCUGAGAUCUUGCAAGCCGUGGAAGACGGAGCUCCUUCGUACGGCACAGAGUGUGACUGGUGGUCCCUGGGAGUCUUCGCCUACGAGAUGUUCUUCGGCCACACCCCUUUCUUUGCCGAUUCCGUGGUGGAAACCUACGGCAAGAUCAUUCAUUUCAAAGAGCACUUUCAGUUCCCUCUCUCGGCGCCGGACGUCCCUCCAGAAGCUCAGGCCUUGAUCGAAGGGUUGAUUUGCCCUCGGGAGACCAGGCUGGGGCGCCACGGAGUCUGGGAUUUCCAGCAGCACCCCUUCUUUGCCGGCGUCGACUGGGAGAACCUACGGGACUGCGUGCCGGCCUUUGUGCCGGAAUUUGCCAACGCCACGGACACGUGCAACUUUGAUGUGGUGGACGAUUGUCUCACUGACAUGGUGAGCGGGGGAGGGGAGACCUUGUCGGAUGUGAUCGAGAGCUCUCCGCUGGGGGUGCAGCUGCCUUUCGUGGGAUAUUCCUACACCUACUCCGCCGUGAAACAGAAUGAGCCCAAGGAAGGAGGCCAGAGCAACCACGACAUGGAGGUGGACGGCACCGGCAGGACCUCAUCGGGGGAGCAAACACCCAAGCGUCCCCCAGAAGAGCUGGCAUGCAAACUGCCAGAUGGGCAGAAGCUGGACCUUGGCACCUUUCUCGAGUUGCAGUCGGCGCUGGAGGAGGAGCUGAGGAGCCGGGAGACGCUGUGUCAGGAGCUCAGCAUGGUUAAGAUGGCCAACCAAACCUUUGCCAGCCAACUCAAGGAAGCCGAGAGCCGCAACUUACAGCUGGAAGCCCAGAUCAAACGCCUGGAGGAGCAGAUUGAAGGGAUGAAGGCCGUGGGAGAGGAAGCUGCCCUGGGGUGGAGCCCUCGCUGGCCCCACAACCACCCGCACCCUUUCUUGUGCUGCCUGGAGCGCCCUGUCGAUCAAAGUGGCACCGUGGCAUCUCGGCUCUGUGAAUACCCGCUUGUGGUACCUCUGUACCGACACUUGCUGCUCUUUUCCAGGGUACAUAGGCCCUGCAUCGUCAAGGUGGGCUAUCUGCUUUUGUGCACUGGUGGAUUGGGCCCGGAGGCCGCUGCGCCUUGGAGCCCUGCGGACACGGUUUGAAGGGGGCUGCCGGGCACGCCUGCCUCCUGGAGUUGCCUGGAGUCUUUCCGUGGGUUUGGGACGCUCUCCUUUGACCCGAUGCCCAUUACCCCAGAGGGCGCUGGAGCCUAGCCCUGUGAAAUCCGGGGUCCCGCUGCUUCCCUCCCACCCCCCGCUGCAGACAAUGUGGCUCAGAGCCACCUCUAGCUCCUUGCACCUAGCCAUGGCUUGGGGUCUCCCCUCUCCUGCGCCCGCUGCCUCCACCGCUGUGGCUUGUUUCCCUUUGCUGUGCCAGGACAAUACGGCGGCUUGGCAGCUACAACAUCCCUGCCUAGUAGUCUUGAGCACAUCAAGAGGGGAGCUUUUCCAGUGAGAUACGAGCAGCUGAAGCUGGCAGGAAAGUCCAGCGGCAACUCCAGACCUCUCCCGAAACCACCUUACUCCCCUUAUUAGCUUGUUCCAGGCAGAGCGGAAAGGGAGGCGCUUGGAACCUGGCCUUCCAGGGCUUCUAGAUCCAAAGGCCUGCACCUUCCGUGGUUAACCUCUUAAAUCCCACCUUUCUCAGGUGCUUCCAAGCCACCGCCCCCCACCCAGUGACUCCCACCUCUAGUCAAGCUGGAAAGAAAUUCAACCAGCCACAAUCCACCAGCCUCCUCCUGCAGGAUGAGACUUUCCAAGAGGCAAAGGCCUUGGUGGUGGGUCUGUGGAAAGAAGUUGCUCUAGGACUCGAUUUUGAUUCUCGACCUUUCGCUGGAAGGGCACUG